AUGACCCACAUCAAGGACUCCAUCGAUGUCACUGUGGACCUACAUCAGUACGUUUACAGAAGGAACCGUUCCACUGCUGACGCCAUCUCAUCUGUGGUCCACACAGCCCUCACCCACCUGGAGAGCAGAAAUUCUUACAUCCGUCUGCUCCUUCUGGACUCCUCCUCGGCCUUCAACACCAUCAUCUCACAGACCUGCCCUGGCUCGCCCCAGGGCUGCGUGCUGAGCCCCCUCCUGUUCACUCUGCUGACAUAUGACUGCUCGGCUAGACACUCCAGCUGUCAUGUAGUGAAGUUUGUGGAUGACACAGCAGUAGUGGGACGUAUCACGAACAAUGAUGAGUCUAAACACAGAGAGGAUGUGGAACACCUGGUGCAGUGUGACCUCACCUGGAGAGCCAACACUUCCUGUCUGGUCAAGAAGGCCCACCAGCAUCUCUACUUCUUCAGGAAGCUGCGUAGAGCUGGAUUUGGGAGCUCUGUUCUGAGGAGCUUCUAUCACUGUGUGGUGGAGAACGUUCUCUGCACCUUCAUCUCUUUACAGGUGCAGGAGACAACGUAUUUGCAGAUGGGACAGAACCGUGGACUGUAUUAUGGUGGAUCUUUGCCUAAUGUCAAUCAGGUGGGAAGCAGCCCUGCUGAUGUGCUUUUUCAGAAUUCAGGGCUCGACGUGAAUCGAUCAACACGACACCAUGGACUGGUGGACAGAGUUUAUCGUGACCGGAAUCGCAUCACGUCACCCAAUCGAAAGCCCCCGUCUGUUGACAAACAUGGCCGUCAGAUUGACAGCUGUCCGUAUGGCUCGGUAUAUUUGUCCCCACCUCCUGAUACUGGCUGGAGAAGGACAAACUCGGACUCAGCCCUGCAUCAGAGCACAUUAACUCCUGCUCAGCAAGCCUCCUUCACUGGAGGGUCACAGGAGCUUCAUCCAAAACGAGUUCUUUUACUCACUGUACCAGGUUCUGAAGUUAUUAAACAGGAAGAUGAUGAAGACGAACAAAAACAGAACUGGAAGUGCAAAAAGGAAGUGUCCCAGUCCAAACCCUGUCCAGUCGCUGGGUUCUGCAACCCAUUCCCAACUCUGGACCAGCAGCUGACCACUUCACUGAAACCAGCAGCUCACAAUAGUGGUGGUUCUCUUCCUGACCUCACCAACCUCCAGUUUCCUCCUCCACUGCCCACCCCGCUUGAUUCAGAUGAUUCAGCUGCCUCAUUCGACUCUUCCAGUACCACACACACUCUGUGUAACACACAAGAAGUCCACGCCUUUCGGCAACCAACAACCAUGGAAAUGCAGCCUGGGCAGGAGAACAUGGUUCCUCUCAUCCUAAAUGCUGGAGAUCCCCAGAACCUGCAGCUGUCCCCAACAUCUGCACCACUUCCUCUGCCUCAGGAGACCAUCGACACCAUGACCCUUGAGCAAGAGCUUUCCCAGUAUGCUUUCUUCAACCAGCAGCCAUCGUCCCAGACACAACACAACCAGCAACAGACAGUUCUGGUCCAGCUGCCGUCCUCUGGGAACUCCUGCCCCAUGUCAGAUAAACAGAUGUCUGUACAAACCAACAUGGCUGUAGACGUAAACAUGGCCUCCUCCCUGCAGCAGUACCGCAGUAGGGUUGGAUCAUCGGCCAAUCAGUCUCCAACAUCUCCCAUCUCCAAUCAAGGCUUCUCACCUGGAGGUUCACCUCAACACAAUUCCAUACUGGGUAGUGUCUUUGCAGACUUCUUUGACCAGCAGAUGUCCUCCAUUCAAGCCAGUGCUCUCUCACAACAGUUGGAGCAGUUCAACAUGAUUGAAACCUGCAUCAGUUCUGACAGUCUGUAUAACCAGACCUCCACCCUCAACUACUCCCAGGCACUAAUGAUGGGCUUGACUGCUCAUUGCAACCCCCAAGACUCACAGCAGCUGGGCUACAGCAGCCAUGGCAACAGCAGCCAUGGCAACAUCCCCAAUAUCAUUCUCACAGGUGUGUUUCAACUUAACCUUUUGCUUCUUAAGUCCCGUUUGUACUGA